UCGGGCAGAGCGCUGAGUCUGCUCUGUACAACCCGUGUCGGAAAGAAAUCCUACUUUAAACAAAAACCACUUUGAAAAAUGGCGACUGCUCUGGCAAACUCAAACUUACAAUCUGUUGACCGAGAAAAAAUUUAUUUGUGGAUUACCGAAUUAACAAAUCCCGAAACUCGUGAAAGUGCUCUUUUCGAGUUAAGUAAAAAGCGAGAAGUGGUUCCUGACUUAGCCCCUAUGCUAUGGCAUUCAUUCGGAACUAUUGCAGCCCUAUUACAAGAUAUUGUUAGCAUAUAUCCAGCUGUAAGUCCACCUACUUUAACAGCUCAACAGUCAAACAGAGUUUGCAAUGCCCUAGCUCUUUUGCAAUGUGUUGCAUCACAUCAAGAAACCAGAUCUGCUUUUUUGCAAGCCCAUAUUCCAUUGUUUCUCUAUCCAUUUUUGCAUACUGUGAGCAAAACCCGGCCAUUUGAAUACCUGCGCUUGACCAGUUUGGGAGUUAUUGGUGCUUUGGUGAAAACCGAUGAGCAGGAAGUGAUCAACUUUCUCCUGACAACAGAAAUCAUUCCCUUAUGUUUGAGAAUAAUGGAGACUGGAUCUGAAUUAUCAAAGACAGUGGCAACCUUUAUACUUCAGAAAAUUCUCUUGGAUGAGACAGGAUUGGCCUAUAUUUGUCAAACUUAUGAGCGCUUUUCUCAUGUGGCAAUGAUAUUAGGAAAAAUGGUCUUAUCAUUGGCCAAAGAACAAUCAGCUCGUCUUUUAAAACACGUCGUCCGUUGUUAUCUCCGUCUUUCUGACAAUCCGAGAGCUCGAGAAGCCCUACGGCAGUGUCUACCCGAUCAGCUAAGGGACAACACGUUCUCAACCUGUCUGAAAGAUGACAAAUCGACUAAACAGUGGAUGGCACAACUGCUAAAAAAUCUGGAAACUACUAACGGGAUGGUAGAUCCCCGAAUCGCCGGUUUGCCCUCCAUGACUCAACCAUAAUUAUCAGUACGAAUGAAUGCCCUUGUCUUGUUUAAUGCGGAAAAAUAAUCGAACAGAAUUAUAAUACAAUAACCUGUAUUGUUUUUUAUUGCAA